CUGAUUCUCUCCUCCAUCCCACUGCGUGUUGGGGGGCAGGAAUGAGUGAGCAGCUGUGCGGUGCUUAUUUACCGCCUGGGGUUAAAUAGCAACAGUCAGCUCUAAACCAGCCAUGUCACUCUGGCAGGUGAAGAUGCUGACGGUGGGCAGUGUCAGCAGAUGCACUUGGGAGUUUUUGACCUGAUGCCAUCCCUGUCACCCACCCUCCCCUGGGUUUUUGUUUUUCUUGAUGGAAUUUACUGAAGCAGCUGGUUUAAUCCAAAAAGGAAUGAGACAAGACACAGGGAGCUCUCAAGAGAUUCUCAGCCCAUCCCCAUCCCGAGGACCCCCUGUGCGGGGCAAUCCGAGGAUGCCAACCUGCCUCCACCCACUGCCAGGGCAAUGCCGCGUCUCAGCGUGGGCUGAAAAGCCUUGAGCCAGUCGGUAACGGAGCCGGGAGAGCUGAAAUUGGUGGGCUCCCAGACGCUUGCACCCACUGCCUUUCCCUUGGACCAGGCACACCUCCUGGAAGCUGGAAACCCCAAGUUCAGCAGCAGCUUCCCCUCGAGUGUGGACUUAGGAAGCAGGUGUAGAAAAGCCCAUUUUCCUUCAAGCACGCAGAGGUGACCAGAGGAGGAGCAUCCUGGCAAAGCCCUGGGACAGAGAAAGACCUGGUGGGUCCCUGGUGCCGUGCUGCAGUCUCAAGGUGUUCUUGACCCUGCUCGCCUUGUUGCUGGUGGAGUUGAGGGACGUGCUUGUCCCCGGAGGGUGCUGCCGCCCCUUGGUGGCACCAGGGAUGGCGGAAGCUCUUCAGGAUGCAGGCUUCUUGCUUUUGCACAGGUGAAGAGUCGGCUGCUGUAAUGAUGCCAUCGCAGCAGAGAGCAGAGGAAGGGACCAGUUUUAGCCUCAAGUGCAUUAAAGACAAAAAGGUCCCCAUCGGGGUCACCGUGGUCAUAGCAGCGUUGCUUCUCACCAUAAUCGCGCUGGCGGCUAAGAAAUGCCCGUCCUGUCCAUCCGGUUCCUCUCCUGUCCUUCCCAGCUGCCUGGGAACUGGGAUCGGGUAUAGGGAGAAGUGCUUUUACUUUGUGGAGGAUGAAACGGACUGGAACAGGAGUCAGAUCUCUUGCCUUUCUCUUGGAGCCAAUUUGGCCACCAUUGACACCCAGGAGGAGCUGCAUUUCCUCUUGCGCUAUGGGAGUUCCUUGCACUACUGGAUCGGUCUCCACAGGGAAGGCUCUGGACCUUGGAAAUGGUCCAACGGGUCCCUCUUCAGCAACUGGUUUGAGGUCCGGGGCAAGGGCCAAUGUGCCUAUAUCAAUGCUGACGGGAUCAGCAGCGACUGGUGCUCCCAGAUGAAAUACUCUGUCUGCAGCCACCCGCAAAAGCACCCCAGUGGGAUUCAGAAAGAUUCGGAAAUCACUCUGAAUUUCACCUGAAAUUUUCCCUGUCAGCAGAGAAGAUCAACCACAAGCUGCUAUUAACCCUACACAACAUGGUAGUGAGUGUCACAACGUUACAUAUUUAUUUUAAUUUUAGCUUACAAAAGCAGAAACUCCUCAUGACAAUGACACAGAGCCGUGACCAAAGGAUCCUUACUUUAGUCUGACCACUAGAGUCUUUCCAGUUUUGCAGACUUGGGAAUAUUGAAGAGGCUUGGAAAACUCCCUGCUUUGCUGGCAGGUGCUGUGCUGCAGAACUCAGUCCUGCUGGUUUUGGUGUCUUUGUUCUUUGGUGGAUUUGGAGGAGCUGGAGGUGGGGGGCAGAAAUGCAAAGUGGAGAAAUGAAACAGAAUUGCUUCCGAGUCCUGCUCUGGGAUGUGUUUUGGCAUCCCGGCACGAUGCCCAGUACCAAUUCUGUCCCCAUUGUUCCUCAUGUUGUUUCCUCUGGCUUAAAUCUCGGUGGCCUCUUUCUGGCAAAUCCACUGGAACAAAGCGCUGCAGAUGUGGGAGUGCAGCUGAUCCCUCCAAAUCGCGGCACAAGCUUCUGUCUCCAUGGGACCCUGCACUGGGAACCUCAAAAGCACCGUGAUGGCAAUCAGCCUGGCGUCCUGCACUUGGACGCUGUUUCCAUGACAGUAUUUAUCUCAUGAGGGUGUUUUCCCCAUAAAACCUGAACCAGGUCAGCAGUUGUCCACUCAGCUGUGAGCACGGGAAGGUACCAGCCUCUUGUUUUUCCAGCUGUGUUGGGGGAGCCUGU